GCAAUGGUGAGUAGUCCCAAGUACCCCAGAUCUUCCAGCUUGGCAGCCUUCUCAUACGAUCUAGAACGAAUCUGGUGCCUUCCAUCCGAUUGCAUUGCGACCGUGAAUUACCAAUUUGCUCGCAAUGUGUAUCGGCAGGGACUUCGUGUCGGUAUCCGCCGCUCAAUAAAAGAGGCAUCCCAUCGGGUUAUAUAUCCUUCGUCGAACAGCGAUUGCUCGAGACCGAGAUUGUCAUGCUGGAGCUCCUUUCCACGAUCUACAAUUCUCAAGUACCGAUUGGAAUGCAGCGUCUCUCUGACACAGAUCGCCGUGUACUAGCAGAGAAUGUGCAGAAGCAGGCCAAGUCGAGCAGGAUAGAAGAAUGGAAGAGCCUUCCUCUCAACACAGACGAGGAACGUCUGUCUUGGUGGUCAAAAAGACAAGAGCUUAUAAGAAAAGGCAUUGAAGCAGGGAGCAGUCACGCAUCUCAUGAGAGCCCUGCGCAGACGGAACCAUGGGUCAUGGAGUCGAGUCCUGUGGUGGCACACUAUGAGGAUGUGCGAUCAUCAGUCGUAGACGGGUCAACCCUCCCAUUUGCGCAGCAACCUCAGUUGGCGCAAGCUACGUGGCAGUUAGCGCCAGAUGUACUCGGUGUUCCAGAACCCGCGCCAGGUCCUCUUCAUCAAGACCAAGAUAUGCUAGAUAUGUCGCCGCGAGGAAAUUUGGGAAACGAAGCGUAUUUGACAGGCGAUGGCAGAUCAGAGCCUCUUGCACCUUCGGUAUCGGGCACGUCGCUUGACUCGCGUCCUUCAACUACAGAACAAUGGCGUAAAUAUUUUUGAGACUGCACAAAUCGUUGGAUUACUA